AUGAAUAAUUCCUCAAUUGACAUAUUCAAAACUCCAUUUCGAAAGUUUUAACAAGACCUUUAUUUGAUAGAUUAAUGUAAAGCAUGAUCAAAACACCUACCAAGCCUAUCCCUUCUAAAACUGUUUAAUCAUUUAACAUCGCUUAUCCUACUGCAGCCAAUGCCAUUUAAUUUAAUCCACUACCAGGCCCUGGUACUUACAAUCCAUCCAAGCCUAAACGAAACAACAAAAUUAAGUAUCAAUUAAGCUAUCCUCAGCUUUUCUGCCUCUCAAAGGCAACCUCUAAUUUCCAAGCAAAAUUCUAAAUUGGGCCCAGGCAGUUUUGAACCAAAAAAAAUAUCAGCAACUUCUGUUAAAAUUGGAACAUCGAAAAGACCACCAUUGGCAAUUCCUACUUCAGCUCCUUUACCUGGAAAAUAUGAAUACUAAUCAAAAAUAAUUGAAUCUUAAGGUAUUGUUUUCAAAGGAAGCUCCUACGAUCCAAUUAUUAAAGAAAUUCAUUCAAGGCCUGGCCCAGGAAUCUAUAAUCCAGAAAAAAAAAGUUCAUCACCUCAAUAUCUCUUCCCUAAAAGUUAAAGACAUGACUUUACAAAACAAAAACGAGGGAUUCCUGGACCAAUUUAUGAGAUAGAAGUAAAACCUCAAACUCCAUAAUAUUCUUUUGGAAAAUGCAAAAGAUGA